ACCCCGUUGCUCGCGGGGCCGCGCUCGCCGUGUUGCGGGCGCGGAGAGGGAGCAGCGGCCAUGGACACCGCGGGUGGCAGAGGGGCGCGGCCCCGGCGGGGGACGCGUUCCGGAGCUCCGCGAGGCCGGGGCAAGCAGAAGGGCGCAGCCCGGAGCCCCUCGCGGGGCCGCGGCGCGGGUGAAGGCUCGAGCGCCGUCGCGACCCUCCGGACACCGCGGACGGACGGAGCCCCUGCCCGGGGCGGCCGCUCGGCGCGGCGAGCCCCCGCUGCCCGGGAGCUGCCAGCGGGCACGGCGGCGGGCGGCGCAGAGGCGCUCCCCACCCCGCGGAGCGUCGCUGCGGUGCCCGACGGGGCGGUCGCUGCUGCUGCCGCCCGUCGCCCCCCGCCGGCGUCGGACGCCUUGCGGCUCCGAGAGGUGCUGUCGCGGCUCAGCCUGCCCCGCGAAGACGUGUCCGAGGCUUCGAAACUGGUGAAGAAGGUGGUCCCGCACCUGGUCCAGGCCAUCCGCGGCAAGGACAGCUGCUUCAGCUCCAUCGAGCAGCAGAGCGCCGGCAGCUACUACGAGCGUGUCAAGAUAUCUGAACCAAAUGAGUUUGAUAUCAUGCUUGUAAUGCCUGUUACAAGGAUUCAGCUGGAUGAGUCUGAUGAUACUGGAGCCUAUUAUUAUGUAUCAUUCAAAAGAAGUCCAAAAGAAAAGGGUUGGUUGAAGUUUUUAGAGGAAGAUGGAAAAUUAUCAGCCUUUAAAAUGCUUCAAGCAUUAAGAGACAUUAUUAAACAGGAAGUAAAGAACAUUAAAGGUGUGGAAGUCACUGUGGCAAGGAAAAAGGCUGGAAGCCCUGCAAUAACUCUUCAGAUCAAAAAUCCUCCAUCAGAAAUAUCAGUGGACAUCAUCUUGACUUUGGAGGCUCAGCAGAGCUGGCCCCCCAGCACACGGGCUGGCCUCAAAAUUGAACAGUGGCUGGGAAGAAAAAAGAGGAGGGAUUUCAGAUUUAGAUCAAUUUAUUUAGUAGCCAAGCAAAACAAAAGAGAAAAAGUUCUAAGAGGGAACACCUGGCGACUCUCCUUCUCACAUAUUGAAAAGGACAUGAUAAAAUACCAUGGCAACUCAAGGACAUGCUGUGAAUCUGAUGGAUUAAAGUGCUGUAGGAAAGGUUGUCUUAAGCUGCUGAAGUUUCUUCUAGAGCAACUUAAAAUGAAAUAUCCAAAGGAAUUGGAAAAAUUCUGUUCCUAUCAUGUCAAAACUGCUUUUCUCCACUCCUGUGUCAUGUGGCCAAAUGACACAGACUGGCACUUGGGAAACCUGGAUCAUUCCUUUCAGCAGUGUCUGGGAUUUUUUGUGGACUGUCUACAAAAAUCUCAGCUGACUCACUUUUUUAUUCCCCAAUACAACUUGCUCAGCCUAGAAGAUAAAGCAAGACAUCAUUUCCUUUCAAGAAAAAUAAGCCAAGAAUUGAAUAAUGGAUUCCCAGUAUUUCAUGAGAAUUAUUAAGAACAUUGUUCACAGCAGAUAUCUAAUCAUGUUGACUUACAUAUUUGAAACAAAAAACUCUGCACCAUAAACAACUCUUCAGUAGUCUGUACUACAAAACCCAAAAAACCCAAACCAAAAUAAAAUCCAAACCACUAAGAGAAAAAUGUAUACUUCAAUCACACUGCUUGGCCAUAACCCUUAAAAGAAAUGUUUUAAGUAAUAUUUACCUUGCCUACCCAAAUGUGGAUGUCACCUGCAAAAUAUCUUCAAGGUAUACUAAGAACAUAUAGAAGAAUUUGCAAUAGUUCAUUUCCCACAUGUAAUUUCUAUGUUUCCAAAUACAAAGGCAUGAAUGACUGCAUAAAGGGAAAACUGACAAUUGUAUUUAAAAUUAAGAUCCAGCGCAGAAUAUCCAAAAUACACUCCUACUUUCAAAAGAAAAAAAAACCAAAAAACAGCCACUGGAGUUACUUUAACGUUAACCAGAACAACUUCUCCAGAUUACCUGGGUGGAUAUGAAGAUCUUUUGCAGAAGACAAUCACCAGCAACAAGUACCAGAGAGAGAAUAUUUUAUCUGAGUAAUAUGAAGUUCUUGAAGUAACUUAUCCUUUGAGUCUUCAGAAUUACUUUGGAAAUCAAUCUUUUCAUUGGGCUUUGGAUGGGAAACAAUUGUUACCUAAUAUGCUGCAACAGAGUAAAUGGUUUUCUGCCAAUGAGCAUUUAUUUGUAUGGUGAAUAAUGUAGAAAGAAAUGCAUCUUUCAACCUGUAUCAAAGAGGAAGACUUGAUAUAAAAGGUUUUCAAAACCAAAAUGCAGCAUGAACUGAACACUCCUGAAACUGAAAUUCAUAUAAAUUUUUCUCAUAUUGAAGAAAUGUGUGUUAGGAAAAAAAAAUUAUAUUUCCUAUUACUAAAACUGUGCAGGUGAGAAGUACACAGCAUUUGAAAACUGCUGUACUGCAAAUAAAUCUUUUGCUUCUACUUAUAGAACCUAUGGGAAGUCCAUAUUUUUAGCCUACUUUUUGAUGUCAAAAUAACCUACUGGCUUGAAUAAUGCCCAGAUUUACCUCAAUGAUGAGCAAAUUAAGAGGAAAGAAUAGAGACUAAUUUUACUAAAAUAUUCUCAUUUUACUGAAUUUUGUUUAUUCGUUUUUAUUUAAUCAUAUGACACAUAAAUAAACACCAAGUUCAGACCAAGCAUCAAGUGAAGGAAUAACUCCUUCCCAUAUAAAUUUCAAAGAGUAGAAAACAUGCCCCAUUAUCACUGGGAAUCUGUGUGACAGAACCUGACAUCCAAAUGUAAAGUGUGAAUCAAUUUUAUCUGGAAGAAAUAAAAGCUGACCUUCAAAUGUAUUAUUUUCUCCAUGACUUUGUUAACAUUGCUCUAGUAAAUUCUGGUUUCACUCCUUAAGCUAGAAUAUUACAUCCACAAAAACCAAAAGCAGGUUUUCUUCCCCAGUUAGUCACAAACAAGUACUU